AUGUUCAGCUUCAAAUCAGCGAUUUUCGUCGCCAUAGCUCUUGCAGCUCUUACGGCUGCCACACCGACCGCGUCGAUGGCGCGUCGGAACACACCAGCCAGCUCAUGCUCUACUAGUUCCCUCGCGUGUUUCCAGAACAGCGGCACCGCCAAAGACGCCGGAAUUGCGUCUCUGAUUGCUACUCUGGGCAUCGACGUCGGGGACAUCGAUGGCUUAAUUGGAGCAACCUGCAGCCCCAUCACCGGCAUCGGUGCUGGUGGAUGCAUCAUGCAUGCACUCCUCUCGGGCCCCGCCAUUCGAUUCCACGGUUGGGCGCCGGAUGGCGAAUUCAGGCCUUUUCUAGAUGCAGUUCCAUCAUUUGCCAAACUCAAGCUCCGUUCACUUCGAAAGGCUUCAGCAGGGACACGAUUCAAGAAGAAAGAAGAGAUUCAGGAUUCGCUGGUGCGCGCACGUUUGCCAACGGCCGGUGCGGCGAUGGUUCCGGGAAUCUCCAGCAGGCUGGUUCCACCAUUCCGGCGAACUCCAGCAACUCCGAGCUCCGGGCCCCGGAACGGGACAGAACUCUCACCUCGACUCUUACUAUCAACGACAUAUCUCUCGGAACGGGCCCUGGGAGAUUUGGAGUCGGGCCACGCCUUCUCGAAGUGCGCAGAGUCAGCAUAA